AUGAUUUUGUGUGGGGGGUUGGUGGGGGGUUUGGGGGGGGGGGGGGGGGUGGUGAAGAGGUGGUUUGAGGAUAUUUUUUUAGGUUUGGUGAUAUUUGGGAAGGGUGGGUGGGGUGUAAUAUUUUUGUUUAUUUGGGGGGGGGGUUUGGGGGUUAGUGGGAGGGGGGGUUGGGAGGGUGUGUGGGGUUUUGUUUGGGUUUUGGUAUGUGGGGGGGGUUUAGGGGGGGGUUUUGAGAGGGGGGGGUUGGGGGGGGUUUUGGGGGGUUUUAGUAGUUUUGGGGGGGGGGGGUAUUAUAGUUUGUUUUUGGGGAUUGGUGGUUUUGGUUGUUGGAUUGUGGGGGGGUUUGGUUUUGGGGUGGUUUUUUUGGGGGUGAGGUGGUGGGUUUGGGGGUGGUUUUUUUUUUUGAUUGGGGGGGGGGUUUUUUUUUUUUUUUUGGUGGGUGUGUGGGGGUUGGGGGGUUUUGGGGGUAUGAUUGUUGAAUGUUUUAGUUUGGUUGUUUUUGGGUGUGGGGGGGGUGGUUGGGUUUUGGGUUGUUUGGGGGGGGGGGGUGGGGGUUGUUUUUUGUUUUGUUUGUUUUUUUUUGGGGUUGGUGUUGUUUGGGUUUGUGGGUUUUGUUUUGUUUUUGGUAUUUGGUUUGGGGUUGGGGGGGGUUGGUUGGGUGUGUGUUUGGUGGUGGGUUGGGGGGUGUGUUUUGGGUUUGGGUUUUGUUGUGGUUUUGGGGGGGUGUUGGAGUUUAGUGGGUUUGUUGGGUUGUUUGUGGGGUUGGUGUUUGGUUGGUUGGUUGAUUUGGUGGGGUGGUGUGGGUUGUUUUGGGGGGGGGGGGGGGGGGGGGUUGGUUGGGGUUUUUUGGGGGUUUGUUGGGGGGUGGGGGGGGGGGGGGGGGGGUUUUGUUUGGGUUGGUGGGGGUGUUGUUGUGGGGGUGGGGUUGGGGGUUGGGGUUGGGGUGUUUGGGGGGGGGGGGUUUUUUUUGGUUGUUGGUUUUGUUUGGGGGGUGUUGUGUGGGGGGGGGUGUGUGGUGGGGUUGGGGGUGGUUGUUUGGGGGUGUGGGUUUGGGUUUGUGUAUUGUGUAGGGGUUGUUUUUUGUGUUGGGGUUUGAUUUGGGGGUUUUUUUUUGGGUGUGUUGGUGGGUUGGGGGGGGGUUGUGGGGGGGUGGUUUUGGGGGUUUGUUUUUGGUGGGGUGGGUUUUUUGGUGUUUUUGGGGGUUGUUUUGGGGGGGUUUGGGGGGUGGUUUGGUUUUGGGGGGGGUUGGUUUGGUUGGGGGUUUGUUUUUGUGUUUGGUUGUUUUUGUGUUGUUUGGGUGUGGGUGUGGUGUUUGGGUGGUUUUGUGGUUUGUUUGGGGGGGGUUUUGUUGGGGUUGAGUGUGUUGUGGGUGGGGGGGGUGUUGGUUGGGGUGGUUUGUGGUUGGGGGUGGUGGUGGGUGGGGGUUUUUGGGGGGGGUGGGGUGUGUGGGGGGGGGGGGAAGAGAUGAGGGUAGAUGGAGGAAAUUUUUUGGGGGGGGGGGGGGGUUUUUGGGUGGUGGAAGUUGAUUGUGUGGGGGGAGGGUGUUGGUGGUUUGGGAUUGGGUAA